GUAUUUUUAUAUACACGUUUAACAUUUUUUUUUUUUUUUUUUUUAAAUACUAUAAGCUUAUGAUUUUUCUUUAGGUAAAUUUCUUAUGCCCCUAACACAAUAGAGAUGUAAAUAAAACGUAUAUCAAUUAAAAGCACAAAUGUCAGUGUAUGUGUCACAAAUGCCAGUGCAUGUGUGUGCAUAUACCAGUCUGACGAGUUCAGAUGCAACUUCGAAAAAAAAAAACAAAAAAAAAACCCUGGCAUGGCUUCUCUUGUGCUGCGCGCGCCGUGCGCCCGUGCUCUCCAGUGUACAGACGGUGUUCACGCGCGCUCCCGCCGCUCCUCCCCGUGUGAAGUUAAAGCGUUCAGCGCUCACAGCUCACCGAUUCACCCAACACAGCAGCGGAGAAGCGUCGGAGUUUCGGUCCGCGGACACUUGGACUGCGCGCCUUUACGCGGACACUUUCCAAAAGGGACUUUCUAUCAAAAGCAUUACACAUAAGCUCUACUCGUGCAUAAGAGAAAUACAUUUGUUAUAUAAUUUGGAGAGAAACGCGAGUUCUUGGAUAAAUAACGCAGGACUGACGGAACGCAUUCGGGACUCUCGCGGUGCGUUUUUACCUCCAGUGCGCGGCUGAUGCGCUCGAGCUGAGCUAACGGAAGGAGAAGUAGAAGGAGAAAGAAGAGAGAACGAGAAGAGAGGAACUGUCCUGUCAUACAACCUGGCUGUGAGGGGUGCAUGUAGGCAGCAACAUGAAGCCCUUCAUCCCUCAUCUGCUGCUUCUCCUCCUCUAUCAACUCCUGCCAUCCCUGGUGCUAACCGACACCUGUCCAACGGACUGUACCUGUGCAGUGCAAGACUCCAUAUUGUGCUUCAGUCGCCGGGCCCCAAAAAUACCCAGUGAUGUGCCCACAGCAGCUAAGAGUCUCUAUGUCUUCAAAAAUGGCAUUGAGACCCUUUCUCAGGAAGACUUUGAUGGCUUAAGCAACCUGGAGAUGCUGGACCUAAGCCAGAACAAGCUGAUGGAGCUGCCAGAUCGUGUAUUCGAACCUCUCUCCUCUCUCCACAACCUGGACCUCUCGGCCAACCAAAUUGUUCACAUAUCCCAGGAGAGCUUUGCAGGACUGGAGCUUCUGGAGAGGUUGUAUCUCUACAGCAACCUCAUAGAGAGCAUCCAUCCUGCAGCUUUUGAUGGACUAGAGCUGUUGAUAGAGCUCAAGCUACAAGGAAACAAACUGACAACACUGCCUGCUCUUAAAAUGCCCCAUUUGCUCUUACUGGACUUACGGUUCAACAGCAUCCCAUCACCAGGGCCAAAAGACCUCCAUACUCCCAAGCUGGAGUCACUGAAACUUGGUGGACUUGGGCUUAUAAGGCUCGAUGAGGAUCUUUUGGGAAUCUUUAAGAACCUCCAUGAGCUGGACAUCUCCAACAAUCAGUUAACUACUUUUCCACCUGUAUUGCGGGAGGCGAGGGGCUUGGUUACCCUCAGUCUCGGUGGGAAUCCAAUGGGCCCUGUGAAAUGGGAGGACUUUGAGAAAAUGACAGAGCUUCAAGAGCUGGACAUCAGCAAUCUAAGUCUCCAAGGCUUAUCUGAGACCCUUACCCAGCUCUUUCCUCUCCUGAAAAGACUGACCGUUGCUGAGAACCCUUUUAACUGCCUGUGCAACCUGGCUUGGUUUCCUAGUUGGCUUCGAAAUAAGCAGAUUCAGUUGGGUAGGACGGAAGAGACACGCUGCCACUUUCCUCCCUUGAAUGCCGGUAAGGUGCUGGAGAGAUUGGGACAUCGAGACUUCGGAUGUCCAACAACCACAACCGUUACGACUCGCACGAUAAAGACUACAGUGGUUACUCCAGCUCUAGCCACCAGUUUGCCAAGCACAACACAAGCAGUUCUCCAUGCCAAGCCAAGUGAAAACGCUUCUACAGAAACUGAAAAUGACCUUCCUUCUCCUAUACCAAGUACUAGCAUUGACCCAGACCUCAGAGCAACCUUCUGCCCGCCAAAUAUCUGCCUCAAUGGAGGAACGUGCUGGUUCGACAAUGAGGGACACCUUAAAUGCAGGUGUCUGCCAAGAACAUCAGGCACAUAUUGCGAAAACAAAGACGACCCACCUUCGUCUGAGGACUUACCUACUGUAUUUAGCACUGUGGCACCUGAAAUCACUGCACGUACAGUAACUAGCUCUUCUAUACUGUUGGACCUUCAUCGGUACAUUGAGAUGCAUCCACACAUUCGUGGAGUUCGGUUAACCUACAUUAAUCUCUCGGGCCUCGACAAGCGUCCCAAGCAACUCAACGUUCCUGCUUCUUAUCCGGAAUACACACUACGUGGACUCCAGCCAAACUCUACAUACUCUGUAUGUGCCAGUCCAUUGGGUGAGUCUGGCAACAUGGAUAGCGUAUGCACUGAAGCCCAGACGGUGAGCCAGCAGCCAAGUCCUACUGGAGCAAGACUGGAGAACCCGAAGCUCACCACGAUGCUCAUCCCUGCAGUUGCUAUCCUUCUUCUGCUAGUUCUAAUCGCCAUUGCCGUUGGCGUGGCUUGCUACAUGCACCGGAAAAAAUCAAAGGGACACCUGGAUCUCGAAUGUGAUCCCUCACAGCUCGAGUUGGAUGGUUUAGAUAAAGGCUCUCAGCCACAAAAGCAAGAGAUUAUCUCGUGUCCCUCAACAGUGCAGAACGGUGGCUUGGACUACGAGGUCCCACUUAUGCAGGAUCACUGUACUGCCAACAACAAUUUGAACAGUUUAAAGCCAUCAUAUUUCUGAUUACUAAGUUUGCCUUAGAUACAUGCUAAAGCAUGAAAACUGUAGCCUUACCUUCUCCAUUACCUAAAAGGUACCACUGUGGACAUCAGUGUGACCAGCCACCAGGUUCUUAGUGAAGACAUGUUUUAGCUGGUGCAAUCUUACUAGGACAUUUCUGAUGGAGUAUUUUUUUAGUCUUCUUAAGCGCCUUUAGCAUAUCAGAUCUGAAAGAAAUCUGAAAAAACUAAAAAUCUACAUUCAUUUUAUGUUUAAAACAAAGUUCUAAGUGCACUUGGCUGCCACUUGUAAAAGGACAAAAGGCUGAUUUAAAAACUUAGGUAAUAUUUUGACACGUAGCACCUGUGUACUCUAAAGAGUUGCACUAACUGUGAACCAGCCCCACAUGUAAGAGGGCAAUUGAAGAUAUGGACUUCUUAAGACAUUCAAAGGCUGACACUUUUGAUACUUUGAUUUGCUUUGUAAAGUUGCAAAUAUUGAUUUUGUUUGAACUAUUUUAUAUCUAUAACUUUUUUAAACACAAUGUUUUGUACAAAUAUGUGACUGUUACCAGGCUGCUCAUCCCCCGCCUCUCGUGACUGUCGAGCAGACAAAACGCUAGCUUAUAAACUUUGAAGAUUAAAAUUCACUUGCACCACCAAGUGAAUCAAAGGCUUUACUUUAGAAAUGUCAGACUGUCUUAGUUAAAAGUCUAUACAGACUUGAAACUAAAUCCCUCCUCUAUUUUUCAGCCCCUAUCCCAUUUUGAGACAAAACUAAAAAAAAAAAAUACACAGAGGGAGGCGACUGAUUGAAAAGAAGAUUAAUAUACAUUAUGUUCUGUUGUAAAUAUACAUUAACCUCAAAAGCUAUCAUUGUAAGCUACAAACCCUUAUGGGAUCAUUUAUAUUUGUGUCCCAAAGGUUUGAGGUUGUUUCCUAAUCCAUAGUUCAAAAUCAGCCCUAAUUUUGCAUCAGUCUGCAAAAUUAGUCUUUGCACUAUUUAGUUUGUUACUUGGCAAAAAGUUUAAUCUAUUCUCAUUUAAAUAUGUUACUUCAAAAACACAGUACGAAUGAGGUAUUAGGUUCAGUUUAACCUAAACCAACAGUCUAGUCUAAACCAAACCAAAAAAUCUCAACAAUAGAUUAAUUGAUAAAAUGGCAUAAAAUACAAUCCAUCCAUGUUCCUCUAUGACACACUUGUGUGUAAUUUAAGAUGAGGGAGCAGCCAAAGAUACUGUAGGUUCUAGAGUCUUUCAAAGUUAUGUUUACGGUAAAAUGCCAAACCGAGACAGUGGGAAGCUGUGCUGAUAUACCUCUGUGAGGAAAUGUGUUAUUAUUUUAGCGCUUGCUCUACAAUCUGUCAGAUAACAUAAUCAUAAAACAUAAUAAAAUUGUGCUGACAAGUGUAUCUGUGGCCUUUUGCUUUAAAAGACAAGGAUAUGUAAUUGAAAAGAUUUUCUUGUCGGAAACUCCAAACUGGAAACCAAAUCUCAACAUGAAGUAUUGAAAAUAUUUGUGAAUAUUUUUGAUAAGAUCUGCCUCUAAUAUUCCCUGUUUAAUUUGGGAAGCUCGUUUUUGUAUUAUUGUCUGUUAUAAUGUCAACUUGAAAAUAUUUGUAUAUGUAUGAUGAAUUUUUUUUUUUUUUUUUUUUUUUUAAAGCUGCAAACUAAAGAAGUUAUAAAAACAUAAUAAUGCUAUUGCUGUUUUCUCUUAGCUGUUCUGACUGGCAGUUCAUUCGGUUCCCUGACAUUAAAGUUGUAUCUUUGUGUAGUGUGUUAAACUUUAUCCAGAGCGGUUUACCGAAGCUAAAAGAAAGUGUUAGUAUCAUAAAUGCCAUCUGCAAAUGAACCACCCAAAGCAAACUUUUAAGAGGAAUGUCAGGAUUUGAGUGCCAGGGAAAGGUAUUACAUUUUUCUUUUAUGGACAAAGCUUGAGGUACACUGUGGAAUUUUUAUUGAAAACAUACAGUUUCCAAAUCUAAUAACUGCAACUUCACCACCAUUAACGUCACCAGACUAAACAUGAUGAGCAUUGUUUGUUAAUAUAUACACAUCCUGACUGACCACCCACCUGUUUUACAGGUACAUUUGGAAGGAAUUUGCAAUACAAGCUCUGGCUUCUCAGCUACAACCAUCCAACUGCAAGCUGUUGGGUAUUAAACCCUGUUUAACAACACAAACACAUAAAACAGCCCACCUCUGUCCAGAAAUAAUAGUACUAUUUCCAGUUGUAAUGAGCACAGUCUUGUUCUCCUCUUAAUUUCUGGGUGAAUUAUCACUUCAAGGACCAAGUUCUGAAGCAAACUCAUGCCUACAUU